CACCAAGACACUCUCACUCUCUCACUUGCGUUGUCGCUUCUCACCGUCCCCCUCGUCGCGACUCGAGAUAGUGCGACGACGCUGACAUCAACAACACCCCGCCACUACACGGCGUCUUCACCAUGUCCAACCUGGCCACCCGCCGGCUCAUGAAGGAGCUCAGCGACAUCAAGCUCAACGGCACGCCGAUGGGCAUCGAGCUCCUCUCGGCCGAGAACAUGGAGGAGUGGUUCUUUGGCAUCUCGGUGCUCGGCGACGAGACGGUGUACAAGGGGGAAAAGUUCGCACUGAGGAUCAAGUUUGGAGACAGAUAUCCCAUAGAGUAUCCAGAGGUCACGUUCGUCGCAAACGACAAGUACAAGCCGCCAGUCCACCCGCACAUUUACACCAACGGGCAUGUGUGCGCGUCCAUCCUUGGUCCUGAGUGGUCGCCUGUCCUCAACGCCGUCUCCGUCUGCAUCACGAUGCAGUCGAUGCUGGCGUCGUGCAAGAAGAAGGAGCUGCCAAAGGGCAACGACAGCUACGUCGCGAGAGCCCCAGUCAACCCCAAGCAGACCCGCUGGGUGUACCACGAUGAUACGGUGUAGUUGCCAGCGAGGCUGUGCUAGACCUAGAGCGCCAGCUCCCAACGGAUCGGCGUGCUCGCGUGCUCAUUCGAACCAGCGCGAGCAACAGAAGUACGCCACACAUCAUCCGCCAUCCGCCAUCUCCCCCCACCCCCAUGACAUUCACGCGUUCUGUAUACCCCACCCCAGUUUUGUACCACCCCCCAUGGCCGUCACUCGCACCCUCCGGCCCCGGCCCCAUUGUAGCACCAUGUGCGCAUGAAAUCAUUAUGCCAUUA